AUGGCUUCCCUUUUCACCUUCGUUUUGUCCCUCUUGCUUGUGGCACAAUGCUGCUGGUGUCUAACAUUGCCCAAGAAGACAUACAUAGUUCACAUGAAACAGAACAAUAAACCUUCAAUCUACCCUACUCACACUGACUGGUACACUGCAAAUCUUCAAUCUUUAACCACUGAUUCCGAUCCCUUGCUUUACUCUUAUACUCAUGCCUACAACGGCUUUGCGGCGUCGCUGGCCGAGGAACAGGCACAGGAGCUUCUCAGAUCCGAGGAUGUUCUUGGAGUGUACGAGGAGACAGUCUACCAACUGCACACCACGUGUACGUCGCAGUUUUUGGCGCUCGAGAGAGAGACGGGGCUGUGGGAAGGUCACACCGCGCAGGACCACAACCAAGCGUCGCACAACGAUAUCAUGGGGGACGGCGUCGACGUGCUCUCGCUCUCCCUCGGCGGUGGCUCUGCGCCGUACUUUCACGACACCAUUGCUGUAGGCGCGUUCGCAGCGGUGGUAAGGGGGAUCUUCGUCUCCUGCUCCGCCAGGAACAGGGGCCCCGAGAAGGCCUCACUUGCAAAUGUUGCACGCUGGAUAAUGACCGUUGGGGCUGGGACGUUGGACCGUGAUUUCCCCGCCUUCGCCGUGCUCGGCAACAAAAAACAGUACUCCGGUGUUUCGCCUUACAGCAGAACCAGAAUGGGGACCGAACCGAUGGGGUUGGUUUAUAAUAAAAGGUUGAACCAGUCCGGAAGCGUCUGCAUGCCCGAUUCACUCGACCCGAGUUUAGUUCGUGGGAAGGUGGUGGUUUGCGAUAGAGGGAUUAACGCGCGCGUGGAGAAGGGCAAGGUGGUGCGUGUCGCAGGUGGGGUAGGGAUGAUUCUGGAAAACACAGAAGCGAGUGGGGAGGAGUUAGUAGCAGACAACCACCUUCUACCGGCUGUGGUGGUGGGAAGAAUCGUGGGGGAUCAGAUCAGGAAACACGCUUCCUCAGAUCCUAAUCCAACGGCAGUUCUCGGUUUCCGUGGAACAGUUUUGAACAUUAGACCUUCACCAAUGGUGGUGCCUUGGACUGAGCGGCUGGUCCGAUGGAGGCUCUACUCUACCGGAGAAGACGAACGACACAAGCAACGUGACAGAGAGUGA